CGUCCCGAGACCCAGGGUUCGGACUUGGAGCCUCCGAGCGCCUCGGGCCUCGGAGCAGCGCUCAGACCUUUGCCGCCCGGCUUUCAGAACUCGUUUCCCCAGGAUCGCCACUACGGGAGCAGCAAUGGGUACCCGCGAAUACCCCACCUCUCCUCCGCCGGACAGCACCUCUACAGCCCGGACAGCACCUCUACAGCCCCGCGCCGCCCCUCUCCCACACUGGAGUCGCCGAAUACCAGCCGCCACCCUACUUUCCCCCUCCCUACCAGCAGCUGGCCUACUCGCAGUCGGCCGACCCCUACUCGCACCUGGGGGAAGCGUACGCCGCCGCCAUCAACCCCCUGCACCAGCCGGCGCCCACCGGCAGCCAGCAGCAGGCCUGGCCCGGCCGCCAGAGCCAGGAGGGAGCGGGGCUGCCCUCGCACCACGGGCGCCUGGCCGGCCUGCUGCCCCACCUCUCUGGGCUGGAGGCGGGUGCGGUGAGCGCCCGCAGGGAUGCCUACCGCCGCUCCGACCUGCUGCUGCCCCAUGCGCACGCCCUGGAUGCUGCGGGCCUGGCCGAAAACCUGGGGCUCCACGACAUGGCCCACCAGAUGGACGAUGUGCAGAAUGUUGAUGACCAGCACCUGUUGUUGCACGAUCAGUCAGUCAUUCGCAAAGGUCCCAUUUCCAUGACCAAGAACCCUCUGAACCUCCCCUGUCAGAAGGAGCUGGUAGGGGCCGUCAUGAACCCCACUGAGGUCUUCUGCUCAGUCCCUGGAAGAUUGUCUCUCCUCAGCUCUACUUCUAAAUACAAAAUGACAGUGGCUGAAGUGCAGAGGCGAUUGUCCCCGCCUGAAUGCUUAAAUGCCUCAUUACUGGGAGGUGUUCUCAGAAGAGCCAAAUCAAAAAAUGGGGGCCGGUCCUUGCGGGAGAAGUUGGACAAGAUUGGGUUGAAUCUUCCAGCCGGGAGACGGAAAGCUGCUCAUGUAACUCUCCUGACAUCCUUAGUAGAAGGGGAAGCCGUUCAUCUGGCUAGGGACUUUGCCUACGUCUGUGAAGCCGAGUUUCCCAGUAAACCAGUGGCAGAAUAUUUAACCAGGCCUCAUCUGGGAGGACGAAAUGAGAUGGCGACUAGGAAGAACAUGCUCCUGGCGGCCCAGCAAGUGUGUAAAGAAUUCACGGAACUUCUCAACCGAGACCAGACACCCAAUGGGACCAGCAGGUCCUCCGCCCCAGUCUUGGAGACGAACAUACAGAACUGCUUGUCUCAUUUCAGCCUGAUUACCCACGGGUUUGGCAGCCAGGCCAUCUGUGCCGCGGUGUCUGCCCUGCAGAACUACAUCAAAGAAGCCCUGAUUGUCAUAGACAAAUCCUACAUGAACCCCAGAGACCAGAGUCCAGCUGAUUCUAACAAAACCCUGGAGAAAAUGGAGAAACACAGGAAAUAAAAGUGGGAUGAACAGAGCUUCGGAGAGUCGGGAAGGAACAGGGCUGCAAGAAUCCUUCUCCACCGCACAGACUGAGAACCCUCUUGGCCUGGGGGAAGUUUGUUACCUACCUUACUAUUUAAAGGGCCUCCACUGGUUCCGGAUCGGCAGCAAUCACCUCCGCUCCUGGAUUCCUUAGUUGUUUCUCUAGCGCUGAGCUAUCUCCUCACUUUGGACCUAUUAUCCGAAGGUGACAAGUACUGGCUCUUUAUUCAUUAAGCUUUUAUUUUUUUUGAACCCCAUUCUUUCCUUCUCUCUGAAAGUGGUGCUACAAGUUUUAGAAUCUUUUAAAUACAUUGCCUGGGCUAACAGACCCACACACUUAGCCAUUGAAAUGUCAGAUUGAUGUGCUCUAGAUCAACAGAUCAACAAUACCUUUUUUUUUUCAGUGUUAAGGUAAUGGCUGGUUUUUGUGUCUGCUAAAUAUUUACCUUGAAAAAAAGAAAAGUGUGUAUCUAGCUUCUUCGGAGAUCAAGUCCUCUGGUAGGAGGCAAAGGGUCUAUCUGCUUAGCAACUGAUUAAUAGGUGGUAUUUGACACACUCUAAACCCCGUGUUCAAAGGGGGCCUUCUGGUUUUAGGAAACUUGUAGAAACCAAGCCUGCUGAAGAUUUUUCCCCUGUCCUUUUUUUUUUUAUUAUUUAAAAAAAAAAAAAAAAAAAAAAA